CGCUCCUGACAACCCACUCGUGCUGCUGCUAUACUGUACUGUAAUCAUAUGAUAGGGAGUCGAUCCCCGCUGCAGAAUACCGACACACACCGGGCGGACACCAGCAGAGCAGCCGGGGCGGAGGACACCACACGAGAGCAGGUUUUUAUUUUUAAGAAGUGCGUGGAGUCUGUUAGCGUGUCGCCACAAGUGUCAAAAAAGAGCCAAACUCCCCCUACAAAAAGGAACUUUUUCAAACUCUGGACAGAGAGUCGGCACUGGGGGGAAGAAGAGAGGGCAUACAGAAGAAACGUUAUCCGAAGGACACUCUUUUUCACCGGGACUGAUAUUUGAGUUUACUCCGCUAUCAGAGCGGCGGUCAGCGGGUCGCGGCCGGUGGAAACCCCUGGGGUAUUCGCAUCGCUUGUCAGGGCGUGUGCGUUGUUUUUAGAAAAUAUCCACCACAAGUUUUUCAUUUAGACACUUUAUUGUAGAAGCUAAAGCCAUGGUUGGGGAAACAGAGGUGAAGGAGAGACCCAAGUCCAACCCGGACUACCUAAUGCAGCUGAUGAACGACAGGAAGGUGAUGAGCUCCCUGCCCAACUUCAGCGGCAUCUUCUCGCAUCUGGAGCGGCUACUGGAUGAAGAGAUCGGCAGGGUACGCAAGGACAUGUACAACGACACAGUGAACGGUGGCAUGUUCAACGGGCGGGACAUGGAGGAGCUUCCCGAAGCUGUCGGCCCCGUGGCUCAGCUCCAGGAGAAGCUCUACGUGCCUGUCAAAGAGUACCCAGACUUUAACUUUGUAGGGAGGAUCCUGGGCCCACGUGGACUGACGGCAAAACAACUGGAAGCAGAGACCGGCUGCAAGAUAAUGGUGCGAGGCAAGGGCUCCAUGAGAGACAAGAAGAAGGAGGAGAUGAACCGAGGGAAGCCCAACUGGGAGCACCUCAGCGAAGAUCUCCACGUCCUGAUCACAGUGGAGGACACACACAACCGGGCCAAGAUCAAACUCCAGCGGGCUAUCAACGAGGUCAAGAAACUUCUCGUGCCAGCUGCUGAGGGGGAGGACAACCUGAAGAAAAUGCAGUUGAUGGAGCUGGCCAUUCUCAAUGGGACCUACAGAGAUGCCAAUGUCAAGAUGUCCUGCGCUGGCUUCCCUAUGGGGGCACCUCAGGCGCCUCGGCUCAUCACAGGUCCGACGUCGUGCCUGCCUCCCUCAAUGCGCAACUCCGCCCAACUCCCCACGCAGACCAUGUUGCCUCUGAUUCGUCAGAUCCAGAGCUCCGCCCUCAUGCAGGGAGCCAAUCCGCACCAGGCGCUGGUGCAGCAAGGGCCUGAAUCUGGAAUCAUCUACGCGCCCUACGACUAUCCCUACACACUUACGCCAUCCAUAUUGGAAUACCCGAUUGACUCAACUGGAGUUUUAGUCCCUUCUUCCUGUGUUUUCGCAGGUAUGGCUUUCCCAACCAAAGGCUAGGGCGAUAGCAACCCUUCCUAGCACACUCAAGGACUGGCUUGCAGAGACCCCUCCCCCCUCCCUACAUACUUGUCCCACAUAGCAAACACUCAAAGUUUGCUCAUACUUUAGGAUGACAGACAGUCAUUCUGUAGUCAAGUGUCCAUUCCUGUUAAUUUCCUCUUUGUAUUAGCAGACUAGUGUUGUGGUUUGACAGCUAUUUAACUUUUUUUAAUAGUUCAGCUUCCGCUUGUAAUUUUAACACAUUUUAGUGAACCCAUAGAUAUUUUAGCGCCGCUGUUUGUGAUUUAAUAUAAGCUUAUUUUAAUCACAGAGCUAUAAAGUGACUUUGCUUACAGCUGAUGUUGAAUCUACUAGUGAAGCUUAGUGAGAAAUUAGUGGUUUGGAUUAAUAUUUUCUUUAGAGAACAGAAGACCACAAAACAACAAGAAUUCUGUGUCUCAGAGAAGCAAGAUGUUUUCGUUCUUUUUUACUUAUUUUUCGCCCUCAGCCUUGAACACUUUGUAAAUUCCUGGUUUCACUGAUGUUGGUGCCAUGGGUGGACUGUUUGAUGUCUUUCUGAUGAGUAACCUUCUGUGUUCUGUUUUGGCGAUGUCAAUGGCUGUUAGCAGGUGCCAUGACCACUAAGGUACGACGCCACGACAAGAGAAUCCAUCCUUACCAAAGGGUAGUGACCCCAGACAGAGGUUAGUUAGCUCACCAGCCACUUUAUGUGUAUGUGUGUGUGUGUGCGUGCAUGCGGACCAAUGGACCAAUUUCAGUUUACACUUGUUUGUAGAACCGCAUGCCUAAAGUAAAGAAAAAAAUAUCAGGCGCAAAUGGUCACACGCUGAAGCAGCUUCAGUGUAAAAUGUGAAACGUUUUUGUUGCAGUGAAGUGAAAUAAGCGAGUAGAUUUGGGAGGAACUAUGUGAGGGGUGACAGCUGCGGCGUUAUCUUCACUCACCCUGGUAGAUAAACUGGACGGCUUGCAGGCCGGGACCCUCUCAAUUAUAAUGGAUCGCUCCGUUCAUGUGACUCAGUCCUUGUGACUAUGGAGUCCUCUCUCAGAAUUUUUUCGUUGUUGAUGUUUUUAUCUCUUCGGUACUAUUAUUUUAAACCCUGCAAAUAACUGUGGGAAGUUUUAUUUAUACCCAAUUUCAUUCCAGUAGAUUGCCACAAAUGUUUUUAUUAUUAUUAAUUAAAUCCUGUGUUGUGCCCAAUGACUAUAUGACACUUAAAGUAACAGUGAUUGUCUUUUUUUCUGAAGGUCAUCUAAUUCAAUAUGAUCUUUGGUCUUAACUACUAAAACACAGCGUGUGAUAACUACUGAGGUCUGUGUUACAAGCUCUUUUGUAUAAAAUACUGUUGUUUGUGGUCUUAUCAGUCGCCCACUGGACUUGAUCAUUGGGGCUGUUUACAUCUUUCAUAUAUUUCCUAGCCAGAGUGGUGCUGUUACCAUGUAUUUAGCUGCAAAAUAAAUUUGUAUAUAGGGAUUUUAAGGAUUUAAGUGCUUAUAUGAAGCUUAUCGAACAAGAUCGCUUUGGAAAUAGUAUUUUUCUUUUCUUUUUUUUUUUAGUUUGUAUAUUUUUAUUUUUGUUUCUACGAUAUGCUUUUUAUAGAUGAAGUGUCUCCAUGUAAACUUCAAACUUUUAUUCAAGGUGUGUAGCUACUACUGUUUUAGUCACCGCGAAAGGUGGCAAUGAAGGCAGUGUUUUGCUCUGUCUAUUUAAGACGAGGUGACCUUCUCAAUUCACAGGCCUCGUGACUGUUUUAUGCAAUAGAAAAUGGACUAGCUAGCUACGAUAUAUGUGUGUGUGUGUGUGUGUGAGAGCGGUGGUGCUCUUGUUGUACAUGAUGGACAAAAAACACUAAAAGGCAAUAAAGAUGACUAUUGAAAAAAAAAA